GAAAGCAGCGCGGAGAUGAGAACAGAGGGCGGGAUUUCAACUUUCCCCAAACCGCUGGGACUUUCGGUCCAUUGUGCUCCCAGUAGUCCGGCUGUCAGUUGUAUGUUAUACGCGUGCUUGUCUUUACAAUAUUAACUUGCACUGCAGACUCUCUUUCUUGGUGGAUCCACACUAAGCUCCAGGAGCUCGAUCUGCUGAGCUGGUGCGCUUCUCCAUAAACAAAAGCCAUUGCAAUUUGAAUAUGAGAAAAAGUGCACUUUGAGUUAACGUGCAGGAAAUCCCAGACACUGCAGUCAGGAGGAAAUGCGCUGAUGAUCUGCUCCUUACUGGUGCAAACUCAGACCCAAGUGUUCACUUCUAAGGGAAUGGAGAAGCUCCAGGCUGAUUGGGAAUAAACGCUGCUCAGUGAGAUGCUUUGAGCAACACCGGAUAAACCCAUUGAAUUGAACCUACAAGUCCAGCUUUUUCUUCAGUGGUGAAUCUCAAUUGUGAGCUGAAAACCCCGACUCGGGUAGCUGUUCUGUAACGGGAUGGAUGGUUUAGAGACUCUCUCAGGCUCUGCGCUGGAUUCUAAAGCAGAGCGCAUCGCACGCUACAAGGCCGAGAGGCGGCGCGAGUUGGCGGAGCGAUAUGCCAACCUGGAGGACUUCACCUCGAAAUACACCAGGAGGGAGAAAAAUCGGGACAAUGCAGAUGCCUCAGGCACGGGCUCUAGCACAGAGCAAAAAGCUAAAGAGGUCACUGUCAGUACAAAGGGUCAGCCAUCUGAAGCUAACGACAAGGAGGAAGAUCAGGAUGGGAAAGAAGUGCAGAGUGAAACUAACAAGAAACAGGGAACUGCAACAAGAUCCCGGCACGGACUGCCAGGCACAGAGGAAGUCAAACCGCCCAAGGAUGAUGAUAAAGACAAUGACAGCUUUAAGACGACCGUGUCUGCCAAGAUGUCUCGCUGUAUGGCUUUAGAGACACCUGAAAUCUCGUCCAGCUCAAAGCCCAUCUCAGAGGAAGGCAUACAGGAGGGAGACCAUGCCAACAGACAGAGAGAGCCAAUCAGCACUCAGGACUGGCGCUCUGAAGCCAACAGUGAGCCCCUAUUGUCUUCAUCAACUGAGGAAGAGGAGCCAGAUGGAGAAAAAGGCAGUGAGAAGGAAGCACAGGAUGAAGGGGAAAAGGACUCGGUCACUGAACUUGAGGUUUGUGAAAAGAUGUGUACAGACGUUAGCGAGGAGCCCCAGUCAAGCUCCAUUCUGACUGUAAAGACCGAGGAGCAGGAGCUCAAGUCUCCCACAGAAGGCUUGCAAAGGCAGGAUUCACGUGGCCUAAGAGGCAUCCUAAAGAAGAGUCACUCUGCCAGCCUGGAGGCCGAGCCUGUGCCAGAGAGAGUUGAAUCUCAUGGCAAAGACAAUGAGGAGAAAAAGCAGGAGGAAAAAACGGAAGAAAUGAAAGAGGAAACAGAGGUGGAUGGUGGGAUGAAGGUCAUACAGAGGGGAAACAGCAGCUCCAGUGAUGAUCCCCGUUCACCCUCUCUAUGUACGUCUGAGGACGGCGAUGAGCUGGACAGCAGUCUGGACGGCAGCAUGAGCUCGUCUUUCAACCAGAGAUUGGCUGAGCUGACCGGUAUUGAGGAAGACUGGCGCGGUAAACUGAAGAAAACCAAAGCCUGCGACGUGGUCCAGACGCCCCUGGCCAACCGCUUCAGCCAGCUGCAGGAUUCUGAGAAGGCAUGGAAGAAGAAGAAAGCUUCAAAUGAAGUGGAGACAAAAAUGUCCUUAGCCCAACGGAUGAAAAUCCUGCAGGAGAAGGAAGAGCAGUGGAAAUCCAAAGGGAAAGGAGCUUUCAAUGACUCCACACAGUUCUCUGUGGCUGGACGCAUGGCCAAGAAAGGUCUUGUAUCCCCCAAUAGAGAUGAUGUGCCUAUUAUCCUCAGCAAGAAAGCAAGCCACAGCACACCAGUCAAACCCUUAGAAGAGAUCUCCACUCGUCCUGAUGCUGAGGGCGACAAGAGGCUUGACAAACUGGAGUCCUUUUUAGACAAACUUCACAAUAAAGGUGUGAGCAGUAAACUUUCUACCAUCGAGGUGAUGGAGGAGAAGGAGAAGGAGGUGAUGACCCUGGAUGAUGACGAGUCGUUUCAGCGUUUUUUCAAGUCCAUGUCCCCCACAAGCCUGGGCACAAAUUUGCUUUUGGAUGAAGAGGAGGAUUUCAGUGAUCUUCAGUUUGACUCCCCAAAGUUAACCACAUCAGUAGCAGAGCACAGACGGGCAGUAAGGCCCUCCCGCAACACAAAAGGCUCAAGAAACCCGCUACGUGCCUUGGCAGCUCGAAAUGACCUGAGACAGGCUUACACUGAGCAGAGACUCAACAUAGCAACCGUGGAGUCCAAUAGGAUCCAAGUGGAGAGGAUGGCCAAACACUCAAGAUUGGCUGGUUGUGCCUUGGCUGGAUUGGCAAGUAAAGAAAACUUUAAGAAUGUAAACCUGCGAAGCGUUAAGUCCACUGAAGUGGUGACCAAUAACAGCGCUGUGCCUUUUCACAAGCUCAUGCUCAUCCACAUCAAAGGGCGCAGGCAUGUCCAGGUGCGUCUGGUGGAGCCCACAGCCCGCUCUCUCAACAGCGGUGACUGUUUUCUACUAAUCACCCCAAAUCACUGCUUCCUGUGGUGUGGGGAGUUUGCCAACGUUAUAGAGAAGGCCAAGGCAUCAGAGAUGGCACAGUUUGUCCAGGCUAAAAGAGACCUCGGCUGUAAAGCACCACAAGUCACUGUUCUGGAGGAGGGCAUCAACACAAACAGUCGCACUGCCAAAGACUUCUGGAACCUUCUUGGAGGACAAACCGAAUACAGAGCUGCCGGAGAUCCAGAUGAAGAUGAACUGUAUGAGAGUGGCAUCGUGGAGGCGAACGGUGUCUAUAGGGUGGUGGAAGACAAGCUGGUGCCUUAUGAUGAAGCCUGGGCCUCCAUUCCCAGUGUUGCAUUGCUCAACUCCAAAGAGGCCUUGGUGUUUGAUUUUGGCAGUGAAGUGUAUGUGUGGACAGGGAAGGAUGUGGCUCUGAGUGACAGGAAGGUGGCAGUGCAGCUGGGCAAACAGCUCUGGAUCGGAGGCUAUGAUUACAGCACAUGCAGUGUCCACCCCCUAGACACCUCCUCAGCCAAUAAGGAUCUUCCUCGACAAGGUGAGGGCAGGCCAAGUUGGGCUCUGUUUGGAAGGCUUUCAGAGCAUAAUGAGACAGCUCUGUUCCGGGAGAAGUUCCUGGACUGGGCAGAGCGUAAAUCGAUCAAAGAGGAGCCAGCAGUGGAGGAGGUAAAGAGUCCAGUACACCAGCACAUCGCUGCCACUCAGGACUCGGACCUGAAGCCGUGUGAUGUCAAAGCUCUGUUGGAUGGAGGAGACAUUCCUCUGAAAAUGGCUUUAGAGGGUGUAGAUGUGCAGAGAGGUUAUGGACUGGUCAGUACAGAAGAUGGACGCCAGGCUCAAUUAGCCACGGUAGCUGUAGACGCCUGGCACAUUCGUGAGUUUGAUGAUUUUGAGAUCCCAGCCGAGAGCGUGGGUCAGCUGCAUGAGGGUGACACAUACGUCAUUCGCUGGAAGUACUCCAUCACCAGUGUGGUGGGCAAAAGACAAAAGCCAGGGGAGCUGAGUGCUGCAGGGCCUGGCAGAGAGCGUACUGCUUGCUUCUUCUGGCAGGGCCAUAAGUCAAGUGUGAGUGGGCGGGGCACGUCAGCUCUUAUGACAGUGGAGCUGGGUAACCAGCGGGGGGCACAAGUCCUCGUUACACAGGGCAAAGAACCACCCUGUUUCCUCCAACUUUUCAGUGGAGGACUAAUCAUUCACCAAGGCUCCAGAGACAACAGUGCUAAAAACACAGGUAACUGGAGGCUGUUCAGUGUACGUGGUGAGACAGCAGUGGAGGCGUCUCUUCUCGAGGUGGAGUGCUGCAGUGCUAGCUUGCGCUCUCGGGGAUGUCUCCUCCUUCUGGGUGUACACCAGAGACAGCUGUACCUGUGGCAGGGCUGUAAGGCUCAACCAAUAGCCCACGAGGUGGCCAGGAAGGCUGUUGAGCGCCUCACAAAUACCUGUCCCCCAGAGCUCGGCUUAAACAGAAACUUAAAUUUGAAAGUGCAGGAAAUAGAAGAAGACAGUGAGCCGCAAGAGUUCUGGGAUGCACUUGGCCAGCAAGACAGGAAAGCCUAUGACUGUAUGCUGCAAGAUCGAGGAAAAUACAACUUUACACCGCGUCUUUACCGCCUCAGUGCCAGUUCUGGAACCUUUGAAGGGGAAGAACAGCUGAGUCCUUCACGAGUGACAGGCUCUGUGAUGGCGAUGCCUUUUCUGCAGGAGAACCUUUACUCCACUCCUCAACCAGCUCUCUUUCUGCUGGAUAACAGGAUGGAGGUGUAUCUGUGGCAAGGCCAACAACCAGAAGAUGAAGAGUGCACAGGUUCUGCUAAAAUCCGCUGGGACAAUGAAAGGAAGUGCGCCAUGGAGACGACCCUGCAGUACUGCAAAGCAAAGAACUCCAGGCGACCCCCGCCAGCCUAUCUAAUCUUAGCUGGAGCUGAACCCCUCACGUUCACUAACAUCUUCCCAUACUGGGAGAAAGAUCCCAGCAUCCCAGUGCAGAGUAUGGGGAAUAAGGUGAUUCUGGUAGAGGAUGCUUUGUCCAAACUGAGUAAGAAUCAGUACUCUCUGGAAGAGCUGACCACCAGACCUCUGCCUGAGGGAGUGGACCCUCUGCACCUUGAGCUCUACCUGUCUGACAAAGACUUCAAGACUGCUCUGGAGAUGACGCGGGAAGAGUUCAGUGCUCUCCCCCACUGGAAACAGCUCAAAUUAAAGAAGAGCAAAGACCUAUUCUAGAUUUGUAAUGGAGUACUCUCAAAAGGAAAGACGGACCCUUUUGCGUUUUAAAGUGGGAAACCAGUCUAUGUAUAGUACCAAAUGUACAGUGUGAAUUUCUUUCUUUUUUUUUUUUUUUUAAACAAUGAACUGACCUGGCAAUAUUGUAGAGAAUUUUUCAAAAUAGUGAUUUUUGUAGCAAACAAGCUUUAUACAUGAGUUGAAAGCAAAAGUAUACCAGUUUCAGAAAUUGUAAUUUUGCAUAAGCAUGUACAAGCUUGGAUUUAUAUGGGCAAUACAGUCUUUGUUUUAAGGAAAUUGUGAUUUUUAAAAGCAACUUUCUAAAACUUUCUUGUCAUAACUUUCUUUGUCAGAAGCAAACAUACGUUUGCUUUUAUUUUUUAUUAGCAAAAUGAACUGCUUUAAAAAAAAAAAUUAUUUACACAUGCAUGUGUGCAUGUUCUCCAGUCUUAUGGUGUUUUAUGUGGAGUUUUUAGCUCUAAUACUGCCACUUUCCAGUAUAUGCUACCUAUAUCAAUGCAACUAACUAUUAAUGUGUAGUUUAUGAAAUUCAACACCUUGUGUGCUUUGUGUGUUUACUAAAAAUUGGAUUAUUCCUGAUAUCACCACUAGGUGUCAGGCUUGCUCACAUUCAAGCGCGCACUUGGUCAUUAAAGCCAACAGUUUACAGAACUGCAAAGGCGUAACCAUAUGUUACAACAUCCUGAAGUCUUGCUUCGUGUUUAGUGUAAAUCUGUAAUAUGAAUAUGUUUCAUAAAUAUGUUUUCAUAAAUGUA